ACCUCGGUGCACGGCUAACGGGUGCGCGUGCCGGUUCGUAUUCACGGGAGCAAGGAGAUCCCUCUGAGAAACGUGGGGUUUUUUCUUCUUUAGUUCUAGACUACAUAUAUCAUUCCUCGUUUGUACUGCAUUUUUUUUUGUUCCGGAUUUGGGAGAGACGCAUGACCCUCAUGCGUCUCUUUUUAAUGAGACGCAUGACAAUCAUGCGUCUUUCAUAGAGACGCAUGAAUGCGUCUUUCUUUUUUUUCGAUUUUUUUUAACGACGCAUGAGAAUCAUGCGUCUUAGAAAUAGACGCAUAACCCUCAUGCGUCUUUUGUUUUUUUAAAAUUUGACGGACGACGCAUGAGCGUCAUGCGUCUUAGGGAGAGACGCAUGAGCGUCAUGCGUCUCUAACUUCGAAUUAAAUCGCAGCAGAGGCAGUAGCCUCCUCAUUCACGCACGCAGACAGCAGAGGCACGGAAACGACGAUUUUUCCUUGAUUCGGCGAAGAAGACGAUUUCCACUUGUUUUCCGAUUAGAUGUCGACUUCAAGUUCUACUGGACAUUUAUUGUAUGGACUCGAAGACCCGUCAGUCUUAAAUAUGCAAAAAAAUCACAUUUCAAAUAAACUGAUGAAAGAGGGAACAACCCAAGUAUUUAAAGUCCGAAGGACUGAAAGUAAGACUUGGGACGGCGAAAUUCACGAGAAUGUAAGAUAUUGGCUUGACGUCUUUGGUUUCAAAGGCGUGAUCGAUUGUGGGAAGCCAAUGAAGGUCGACAAUGAGCUGAUCACGGCGUUGAUUGAGCGUUGGAGGCCGGAGACACACACAUUCCAUCUACCGAUCGGUGAGACGACGAUCACCUUGGAAGAUGUGCAAGCCAUCUGGGGCUUGAGGGCGGAUGGUCUCGUUUUCACGGGUCGUGACUAUCAUGACAACUUUCCAGAUUGGACCAGCAAGUGUCGCGAUCUGUUGGGAUGGAUACCAGAUUCUUCCACAGAGACAAAGCAAGGCGGUUUGCUGAUGACCGCGCUGAUCAACCAGACAAGGAUGCCUCUGGGUGAUGACCUACCUACUUACGUAUACAUUCAAAGAGCACGUAUUCAUGCCCUAAUUUUAUUAGGAGGUCUCAUUCUACCGGACACCACGGGGUGUAAGGUGCCAUUUAUGUGGUUGAAUGGGCUUGGGGAUCCGGAAGAGGUGAAGAAUAUAAGUUGGGGAAGCGCGGCAUUGGCCUACCUUUAUCAUUAUCUGUGCGAGGCUUCCAUGGAUAAGAGAAAAGAGUUGGGCGGGCCUAUGAUCCUCCUGCAGCUAUGGGCGUGGGAAAGAAUGCCCACAUUGAGGCCUGCGUUCAUAGGACCAAAGGUGCACGAGCCAUAUACACCAUGUGGCGCCAGGUGGAGAGGAACAACGCAGAUAGGAAAUGCUCCUAGACACUCGGUUGAGCAUUACCGUGACCAAUUAUCUCUGAUUAGACCUGGCCAGUUUAUCUGGACGCCGUACGCACCUUGCACACUGCCUGACUACUGCAAAGAUGUGAAUGGAUGCUCUUUGUGCGAAACCUACCUGGUAUGUUGGGCCUAUGUCGAGGCCCAUGAGCCUGGAAGAGUGCGCAGACAGUUCAAUCGGUAACAGGAUAUACCUCAGUACGUAGACAGAAACUUCCCACCGACAUUCAUUCGCUUUGUCAGCGUCGGUCUCGCUGAUAAUAGCUGUCCCAUCUUCUGUCCUCCCAUUUGGAUAUUUGCACACGGCAUACCACCUUCUUAAUUUACUCUCAACCACCCUAAAUUGCCGGUGUUGCCUCAGACUCCACAUAGUAAUAGCAGUCUUCACAUGCAGCUUGCUAUCAAAUUUUGUUCCACCAUUAAUCCGAUAUGGGUGUUCUUCAUCCCAGUACAUGGUACUGCGUUCAUUACCAACUUCAGGUACCUCAGUACGACCACUUGGCAGUUUGCGAAAAUAUUUCAACCCAGUGUGAACAUAUUCUGGAAGUGGUUGUUCACCUUGUACGACGGGUUUAUACACUACCUCCUCAUCACUAGAGUCAGCACUGGAAUCAUCACUUAAAAUAUCAUCAGACGAUGAUGACGACAAUUCUGGAUCUGCAAGGUCUCCUCGUACAACAUCAACAUCGGCAUGCUCUUGUACAUUCUCUUGAGUAUUCAAUCCAACAUCUGCAACGUCUGUUUGCUCAUUCAUACCUCAAUCGAUGCUCAUAGGUUCAAACCUCGUAGAUGAUCCAACACCAUGAUCAACAAUUGGUGGGAUGAAGGCAUUUCCAACAGACGAAUACUCAACAAAUAAUUCAAUAUGCCGAGUAGAAUUUAGAGCCGCAUUGAACAUAUAAAACACACUUUGAUCACUGUCAACCGUAGUACAUACAUAACUCGUACCGGUACCCAAGAAACAAUGCCUCCAAGAUAUUUCGAUGAAGUGUUGGUUGGAAUC